ACAUUUGAAAUAAACAACGAGAUAUUGAAAGAACCGUUCUGUUUUGAACAACUAUAACCAAUCAUGAAGUUAAUUUUGACUUUUAUCGCGGCACUGGUUGUAUUUGAAAUUUCUGCCGUUCCACUUAAAUCCAAUAAAUGGAAUAAAGUAAAAACUUUGCUCGAAGUAUUCAAUGAAAACAAUAAAGAAUUGAAUCUUUUGGAUAGAGAUUUCCUAGACUUUGUAAAACUUAUACCCAUCGACAAAUUAGUCACGAUUAUACAAAAAUACGAAAAUGAUCCGGAAAUAUUACGUUCGUACGAUUAUGUAACGAGCGAAGAGUUUCACAAUUUAGUUUACGCUGUAGAAGCCUUACCCGAGCAUCGCAGAUACGUCCGAGUUCUUCAAGAAGCAGGAUACAACAAAAUAAGAGAACUUAAACUGAUUCAUGAUUUUUUGGGAAUGAAAGAAUAUGUUCCGAAACAACGCCGAUCAUUAGACCAACAAUUGGAGACGAAUAACAGUUCAGAAGGUGGAUUGAGUGGUUUCGUCAAAGAAUUUAUCGCAAUUCUUCCAGUCAAAGAAAUCAAAGAACUUCAUGAGAAAAAACUUGUUGAAUCGCAAGCAUUUGCUAAAUUCAACCUUUACGUAAGUUCCUCAAGAUUCCGUCGGAUCCUAACGAAUCUUACCGGAACGGAACAGUACAAACAAAUAGUACAAAAAGCUCUCGAACAUGGUAUUGAUUUAGUCCUAUUGAAUGAACUCAACUCUCGUAUCAUUGGCUAUAAACCAUUCGAGAUACAUUCGAGUUUGAUAUCGUGCAACAGCGAAUACUGGUGCAGUUCCAAACAAUUACAAUCAAUCAUGAAGUUCGUUUUGACGAUCUUUGCGGCAAUAGUUGUCGUGGGAGUUUCUGCUGUCCCGCUAAAUGAUAAAAUUAAUUCAUUAAAUGGAAAUCGAUCGAAUAUAGUUGAAACUUUUUUGGACGCAUUUAAUGGCAAUAAUUCCGGUAUAACUCCUUUGGACAGAGAUUUCUUAGAAUUCGCAAAACUUAUCCCUUUGGAUAAGUUGCGUGAAAUUGCACAUAAAUAUGCAAAUGAUUCCGGAAUAAGACACUCAUAUCAUUUCGUUAUGAGCAAAACGUUCCACAAUUUGGUAUAUGCUGUAGAAGCCUUACCAGAGCACCAUAGUAUAGUUCGAUUUCUUGAAGAAGCAGGAGUCAGCGUAAUCCGAAAUCUCAGAAUAAUUCAUCGAGCUUUGGGAAUGAAAGAUUAUGUUCCACCCCCACCCUCAACCCAAGAAUUGAAAAAUAUGGAACGUGAAGAAGGUGGAUUGACUAGUUUUAUUAAGGAAUACAUCGAAAUCCUUCCAGUUGAAAAGAUUAAGGAACUUCAUCAGCAAAAAUUGAAGGAAUCGCAAGCUUUUGCUAGAUUUGACAGCUACAUACGCUCUUCAAAAUUCCGUGAAAUUGUAGUGGCUCUUAUUGCGACUAAAGAACACAAAGAACUGAUGAAGGUAUCUCUUGAAAAUGGUAUCGAUUUUCUCUUGAUACAUGAACUUAAUGCUCGUAUUAUUGGCUACAAACCAAUGAAGUACGUUUUUACUAUCUUUGCGACACUAGUUGUCGCUGGAGUUUCUGCAAUUCCACUAAAUGGCGAUCGAUCGCUUACACUGAACAAUUUGGCAAAUGAAGUUAAUGACAGUGAAAUGAAAGAAAAUGCUUUGGUAAAAGAUUUUGUAGAUUUCGCUAAACUUAUACCACAGGACAAAAUUAUUCCAAUUAUGAAAAGAUACGAGAAUGACUCCAAAUUGAUAGCAUCACUUCAUUAUGCAUUGAGCGAGGAAUUCCAUGAAUUGGUCUACGCAGUAGAAGCUUUACCAGAACAUAAGAAAUAUGUUCUCUAUCUUCAAGAAUCAGGAUUCGAUAAAAUUUAUGAGCUUGAAGUAAUUCAUAAAAUACUUAGAAUGAAAGACUACGUGCCACCAUCGCUUCUAUUACUUACAAUUAGUCAAUAUAAUUUGGCCGAAUCGGAAGGUGGAUUGAGCGGUUACAUCAAAGAACUCGUUGCAACACUUCCCGUGGAUAAGAUCAAGAAACUUCAUAAUAAAAAAUUGAAGGAAUCAGCAGCCUUCAGGAAAUUCAGUUCUUACUUAUUGGACGAAAAAUUUUCUCAAUUGCAUAAGGACCUUGCUAAUACGGAAGCAUAUAAAGAAUUUAUACAAAAAUCUUUGGAACAUGGUAUUGACUACCAUGCUUUACAAGACCUUGCGCUUCGUUUUCUUGGAUUUAGACCAUAAAAAAUUAUAAUCAUUAAUUUGACAAUAAUUGUACGUUACUUGUAAUGCAAGUAAAAUUAUAUGUUCUUGUUACUUGUAUCUGGAAGCUAUUAAAAAUAUAAAUCAGUUAAAUUA